GAUCAUCACUAGUGCAGUGGGCCUUUAGCUUCGAGCACGCACACGUUAGAUCCUAUUGGGAUGAAUUUUCUAACUAAUUGAUGGACAAUUGUGGAAGAAAAUGACAGAUUACGCAGAGGAGCAGCGGAAUGAACUGGAAGCAAUAGAAUCAAUUUACCCAGACUCGUUUACAGUGUUAUCAGAGACACCCACCAGCUUCACCAUUACUGUGACAUCCGACGCAGGGGAAAACGAUGAGACAGUUGAAGUGACACUGCAGUUCACCUAUGUGGAGAAGUACCCAGAUGAGGUGCCGCUAUGGGAAAUCUACUCCCAGGAGAACCUGGAGGAUUCCGACAUAGAUGGCAUCCUUACCUUACUAAAGCAGCAGGCUGAAGAAAACAUUGGAAUGGUGAUGAUAUUCACCCUAGUUACAGCAGUCCAGGAAAAACUAAACGAAUUGGUUGAUGAGAUAAAAAACAGAAGAGAGGAGGAGAAGAGGCGAAAAGAGGAGGCAGCAGAGGAGGCAGAGAAGGUGCUCUUUCAAGGCACAGUGGUCACCAUCGAAAACUUCUUGUCAUGGAAAGCCAAGUUUGAUCUGGAAAUGGCUGAGUUAAGGAGAAAACGGCAGAAAGAGGAGGAGCAACUGCAUGCUGGAAAGAUUAAACUCACAGGAAAGCAGCUGUUUGAGACAGAUCACAAUCUUGACACAUCGGAUAUACAGUUCCUUGAAGAUUCUGGAAAUAGUGUUGAAGUGGACGAGUCCCUGUUCCAGGAUCUUGAGGAACUCGACCUGGAUGAAGAUGACCCAGACUUUGACCCUCUGGCACUGGGCAGUGAUGAGGACUGAAACUGGAAGAGGACAGAUGCCAUGGGCAUGUUCCAGGCAGACCGGAGUUUAAUACUAUUUGAAAUCUUUCAGAUAGUUCAUUGAGUGACAGAUGGGUGGGGAUUGCAGUUUUGACAACACCCACAUUUGUUGUUAACAAACCCUCACUCUGGAUGGCUGUAACCUCUAUACAGAAUCAGCCCUAAGGGCAUUUAUUCACCUUGUCCAUUAACUGAUUUAUACCCUGAGACCAUUAAAUAGAUUUAUGUUGACUAC